AACUUUGCCAGAAUAUAGCUCUUGAUGAAUUACUUGUAGUAAAGUACUUUGGGUUUGAUUAGAUUGUUUUACAUGGAUGGCAGCAAAGUAAUUGGUUUGGUGGUCUUUGUGGUGAAACAAGGUUGCUAUUCUGAUUAAAAAGCUACUUAAGAUUAAUGUCUCAUCUGUUGUUCAACUUGUCUAAAAUUUAGACCUUUAUUUGUUAUUUUUUGAUUCAAAAUACAAAAUGCUCAUGUUUUAAUGGCAGAGAACAGACAGAUUUGUAAAUUGUAACAAGCUGUACAAUUGAUAUAAUUAUUUGCUGUAUUUAAACUUCACUCAACUCACUCCGGUUGAGUAUGUUUGCUGGGCUCUUGAUGUUACGGGUGAACUGGACUUAUAGUUGAUACAAUACACUCAAAAGGUAACAACUUUGUUACGGUUUUGAAAAUCAAGGCUACACAUGACUCAAAACUUAAUGACAGCGCUGCUCUCUUUAACCUUAAAAUUACUGAUUAGAUUACAUACGAAGAACAUUUUCGAACAAAAAGGGUACUGGCAACCCAAAAUAAUCAUUUGGUUGAAAAUGCCAGGUUGUCACUUUACAAAUUGAAGAACCUAUAAGGGUCAAUGUGUGAUUCCAGGAAAUAUCCAUACCCCUACCACAGAGGAAAUUGGAAUUUCUGGAGGGGCUGGGUGGGGAGUCAAAGAGCCAGGAAAUUCCAGAGGGGAGGGGGAUUGGACAGUCAAUUUAGUUUCCAGAUGUCCUUCGACUUCCAUUCAAUACAGAUUCAAGGGUCUAUCUAGCUGUUCAAAAAUACUUUCUUACCUACUAAGUACCGUAGAUCUUUCACAUGGAAAAAUAGUAACUUGAAUACUUGUAUUUGAAUCGCAUUAUAUUUGAAAUAAAUGUUCUUUCUUCAAAAAGCACUUUGGAAGCUAACAAGUGUGAAGAAGGUGCUGUUGCAUGGAAAUGGCUGCUAUCACUUGUUACCAGUUUACAUGAAGUCACCUUGUGGACCGAAAAGCACUGGUGACUAGCUUAGUUUGUUUUAGCAUUGGUCUUCAAAGCUGUUGAGUGGCCGUCAAUUUGUUUUAUGAAAAUUAGUUACUUUAUAAAGGUAGAAAUGAUGUUGCAAUGUCACAAACUUGAGAAUUACUUAUUCAAGUUUAUCUCUGUCCAUUUGUACGUAAUUUUGCUGCAAAAUUGGCUUUCGUAGUGAGUUUGUUAGCGAUCAUGUUCACGAUAAAAGUGUGGUGUCCAUUUCAUCCACAUUCAUUUUAUCAGUCCUUCAACCGAAGUUGUUCGACAUUUACAAAGGGACUUAGUCAUGUAGGAAGGUAAUUUGACAAGUUACCAUUCUGUCUAUUUUUUUAAAGCAUGUUUAAAUAAAUUGCGGUAUGUUUUCUUUGUGUAUAUCUUCAGAUAUUAAAAUAGAUUGAGAAUAAACGGCAGUGACGUGCAAUGCAGACAGCCAAGUGUUUGGAGUGUAUAUGUUACCUUUAAACACACUUUCUUGCCAGAACUAUUUUUUCUAGAGGGUAUGAGAGGUGUACAUAAUACUUGUGCAAAUUAUGGAGGGGUAGGGGGUUAUUUUUGUGUUCGAAAAAUGGAAAUCUGGGGAGGAGGGGAGCUUAGAUGAAAUUCCCUCCAGGUAUGGAUAUUUUCUGGAACUAUGCAAUAUUAAUGUGGAACAGCAGUUAUUUAAAAUGAAAUGACUGUUGUUGUUGUGACAGGAUGAUAACAGAGUGGAGAGAACUUGGGGUGACAGUACAAUAAGAAAGAAGUACUCUCAUGUUGAUCUGGCAUACAUGGUGGAUGGAGUUGAUACAGAGAGAGGUGCUUCAGUAGCUGGCAGUAGAGGUUAUUUUCUCAAGGGGCCACUUGUUUUCCUGGAGCAGGCCCUCAUUCAGUUGGCAACGCGUAUGUUAUUUAAGAAGGGGUUUGUUCCACUAUAUACACCAUUCUUCAUGAGGAAGGAAGCUAUGCAAGAAGUGGCUCAACUAAGUCAAUUUGAUGAAGAGCUGUACAAGGUUAUUGGAAAAGGUUCUGAUGAGGCAGGCUAUGAAGAAAGAUACCUGAUUGCAACUAGUGAACAACCGAUUGCAGCAUUUCAUCGCGGGGAAUGGAUGGCUGCUAACGAACUUCCCAAGAAAUAUUCUGGCUUCUCAUCAUGUUUCAGGCAGGAAGCAGGCGCUCAUGGAAGGGACACACGUGGUAUCUUCAGGGUACAUCAGUUUGAAAAGGUAGAACAGUUUGUUAUCUGUUCCCCUCAUGAUGGCAUUUCCUGGCGGAUUUUCCAUGAGAUGAUUGGCAAUGCUGAGGAAUUUAAUCAGGCCUUGGGAAUUCCGUACAGAAUAGUCAAUAUAGUUUCUGGUGAGCUGAACAAUGCAGCGGCCAUGAAGUAUGAUCUGGAGGCUUGGUUUCCAGGAAGUGGAGCUUUCCGUGAACUAGUUUCCUGUUCAAACUGCACAGAUUACCAAGCAAGAAGAUUGCAAGUUCGUUUUGGACAGACCAAGAAAAUGGGGGCUCAGACCGAAUAUGUUCACAUGUUGAACGCCACAAUGUGCGCUGUAUCGAGAACCAUUUGUGCGCUGUUGGAGAAUUACCAAACAGAGGAAGGAAUUGCUCUUCCUCCUGUCCUAAAGCCACUGCUUCCCGAGGGUUUGGGUUUUAUUAAAUUCGUUAAACCUGCUCCAAUUGACGAGAAACCAGAGGUGAAGAAACAGAAGAAGAAGUCGAAGAACAAAGCUGGCGCCCAGAGUGAAGGUUGUUUAGAAGCCAAAAUGGAAAAUAUGGACGUUUCCAAAGAAUGAACACUAAAUCGUUAGUUAAUCCAAUUGAUUUGAUGCAUCCUGUUACCCGAAUGACAUGUAGCUGGUGGGUUUGUUGGAAGAUAGCAAAGAACGAGGGGUGGUGAGGUAUGUAGAGACAAUAGCUUCCCCUUGCCCCACUUUACUCCUCAUACUAGCGGCUUCAUCUCAAUAAUUGCUCAACUGCCAUCGUCGAUGUCGCAACUUACAUGCUAUAAGUUGCAUCCUGCAGCAGAGUGUGCUCUGCCGUCACGCGCUGCGUUUCUGGUCUGUCCCUGAGGGCAAAGAUAGAAAUCUCUCCCUUGCAGGUGUAGUAAGUUAUUGAGAGUGGGUUUUUUUUUAUGUAAGUUCGGGGAAAAUUGAAGCAAAAGUGCAUGUAUUAUAAUCUGUAACUUUCUUUUGCAAUCUCUCGUUCGUCGCGCAACAACUCACUAGUGUUAGUAAUGAACGUUGUAUAAUCUUCUAAAUGAAGUUUACCAAGUGGAGAAAUAAAAUGUAGAAGCUCUCA